CAAAUUCUGACUGACAGCAAACAGUCGAUACCAGAAGUCUCUUGGAGAUGUUCGGGAGCUCUCACUGAAUGGUUGGUGACUGGCGAACGUGCGAGGGUUGUAAUCUGUUGUUGUGGCCGUUCUAUCAUUAGGCAGAAGGAUAUCUGUGUCUAAUGAAGGCCGGCAUGGGCAGCUGCCUUGUCACAACUAUCUGGCAGCGUGCUAAGCCCGGCUCAUACCAUCACAUGAGCGCCGCUAUCUUUAGCUAGAGACGAGCUACAUCUUCCAAGCUGCAGAAGAGUUGCAGUAACCCAGCCGUAGGAAAUGAACGAGUGACACAAAGACAUUCAUGCUUCUUAUAGUUUACCAAGCCAUAGGAAAUGGCCAAGCUUUCCGUCACCGUGGAAGAGACCGUCUUUACCACAGACAAGGACCUGUUGAUGGAACACAGUGAAUAUUUCCGUGCACUUUUCCAGUCUGGCAUGAGGGAAAGUACCCAGGAUCAAAUACAGCUUCACAACUUGGGCGCCUUGGGUUUCCUGAUAACUCUGAGGGUUCUAAAGGGGGAAAGACCUCUUCUGAGCUGCGAGGAAAUCCUGCAGGCUGUGGAGUGCGCAUCUUUUCUUCAAGUUGAGCUCCUGACCAAGCACUUGGUCAACCUAAUUGACUCUGACAACUGCCUGGCUAUGUUUCAAGCUGCCGCCACCUAUGGACUACUAGACUUGUUUCACGCUUCGGCCUUGUACAUUAGAGAUAUUUAUGAUAUGUUGGAAGAGGAUAUCCAUUGCCUGCCCCCUGACCUUGUUCAGUACAUAGACUCCAUCACCCCAAGCACCUUUGUUGCAGUAGGUGCCCAUACCCCAACUAUACAGUUCCUUGAGGACGCCUCAAGAACAAUGUGCUUUUUAGAUGAAGAGAAGAACCAAUGGCAGAGCUUGGGCUGCAUUCCAGAGGAAGCAAGCACUUUUUUAGCUGGCGUUACCACGAUGAACAAUAAAGUUUUCAUUGUAGGGGGCGCUCGGGGGGCAAACAAACAAGUGGUGGAGAAAAGCUUUUGUUAUGAUGGAGACCAACACAGCUGGAGCGAGUUUGCUAGUCCGCAUCAGUUGCGGUAUGAAGUGACGCUAGUUGGACACGAGGGACAUCUAUACGCCUUUGGUGGUGAAUAUGAGAGAGUUCCUGUGGCUUCUGUGGAGAAAUAUUCUCUCACUUCCAAGAUUUGGACUUUUGGCCAAGAGCUACCACAAGCCGUGGCAGGUCCCCCUGCCACAAAAGCCAUGGGUAGGGUCUUCAUAUGUCUCUGGAAACCACAAGAAACAACUAUUAUUUAUGAAUACGAUACCUGCCAGGAUGAGCUGAUUCCUAUAUCUUCAAUAAGGCGGAUGCAGAGCUACGGCCAUUGCAUGGUAGGACAUAGAGACGAUCUCUACAUUAUGAGGAAUGGGCCAUCUGACGACUUCUUACGCUGUGCCAUUGAAAAUUAUAACCUGAGCACACAGCAGUGGACAACUUUGUCUGGACAGUAUGUAAACAGUAAGGGAGCCCUCUUCACCGCUGUCAUCCGGGGGGACACGGUCUUCACCUUGAACAGAGUCUUGACUUUGCUCUACAGAGUAGACAAUCACACCUGGAAGCCCAUAAAGGAAAAGACUGGAUUUAACAAAGGGGGAUCUUUGCACACAUUCUUCCUGAGAUUACCGACUAAGACAAAGCUGAUGGCCAGUAAACUAUACAAGAACCCUCAUCAGAGUUUUUUAUAACCGUGGUGUUCUGCUGGGGAUGGGUGAAGAUGGGCAUGGACUUUUCCUGGGGAUCGAAGGAGAUGGGCAUGGACUUUUGCUUGGGAUUGAUGGAGAUGGGCAUUGACUUCUGCUAGGAAUAGAUUGAGAUGGGCAUUUUCUUUCAAUGGAGAUGGAUGGAGAUGGGCAUGGACUUCUGCUAGAGAUUGAUGGAGAUGGGUAAUUACUUCUGCUGGGAAUGGAUUGAGAUGGGCAUUGUCUUCUACUGGAGAUGGACGAAGAUGGGCAUGGACUUCUCCUGGGGAUUGAUUGAGAUGGGCAUGGACUUUUGCUUGGGAUUGAUGGAGUUGGGCAUGGACUUCUGCUUGGGAUUGAUGGAGAUGUGCAUGGACUUCUGCUAGGGAUGGAUUGUGAUGGGCAUUGUCUUCUAAUAGAGAUGGAUGGAGAUGGGCAUUGACUUCUGCUAGGGAUAGAUUGAGAUUGGCAUUUUCUUUCAAUGGAGAUGGAUGGAGAUGGGCAUGGACUUCUGCUAGAGAUUGAUGGAGAUGGGUAAUUACUUCUGCUGGGAAUGGAUUGAGAUGGGCAUUGUCUUCUACUGGAGAUGGACGAAGAUGGGCAUGGACUUCUCCUGGGGAUUGAUUGAGAUAAGCAUGGACUUUUGCUUGGGAUUGAUGGAGAUGGGCAUGGACUUCUGCUUGGGAUUGAUGGAGAUGUGCAUGGACUUCUGCUAGGGAUGGAUUGUGAUGGGCAUUGUCUUCUAAUAGAGAUGGAUGGAGAUGGGCAUGGACUUCUGCUAGAGAUUGAUGGCGAUGGGUAAUGACUUCUGCUGGGAAUGGAUUGAGAUGGGCAUUGUCUUCUACUGGAGAUGGACGAAGAUGGGCAUGGGCUUCUGCUAGAAUUGGAUUGAGAUGGGCAUUGGCUUCUACUAGAGAUGGAUGGAGAUGGGAAUGGACUUCUGCUUGAAUUACAUUGAGAUGGGCAUUGGCUUCUACUGAAGAUGGCUGGAGAUGGGCAUGGACUUCUGCUAGAGAUUGAUGAAGAUGGGUAAUGACUUCUGCUGGGAAUGGAUUGAGCAUAGGUGUGCGCAGCCUAUUGAAUUAGGGUGUGCACCCCAAAGUUCAAACGCACAUGAAUGCCACCUGCUG